CGGAAGGACAGAGAGGGAAAGCGUAAGGGUUUGUAAUAGUGAUGCUCUGUAAUUUUACCUAAAGUUGAGAACAUUACAACUUUUGCUGCAACGCACACUGACGUAGACAUACGUUGACCAAUGAGAAUCAUUGAAGUCCCACCAAGUAGAGGUGGGACUAGCUACGCUGUGAAAUCGAAAAAACAUAGAGGACAAACUCAAACAUGCAGUUUAUUCAUUCCCUGUUCUUUGUUACUCUACCAGACUACAAAGACAGUUAUUGUAGUGGGAGAUCCUGGAGAAUUGUUUAAGUCAGGGGUCAGCAACCUUUUUGACAUAGCUGUGCCGACGCCCACCAUUUACAUUUACAUUUAUGCAUUUGGCAGACUUUUAUCCAAAGCGACUUAAAGAGCCCUUAUUACAGGGAAAAUCCCCCCGGAGCAACCUGGAGUUAAGUGCCUUGCCCAAGGUCACAAUGGUGGUGGCCGUGGGGAUCAAACCAGCAACCCUUCUGAUUAACAGUUGCUUUAGCCCACUACACCACCACCACUCCACAUCACAAUAUUACUUUCUCAAUAGAAAUUGAAUAUAAAGUUAAAAAAUGUGAAUAAAAUGUUCAUUUAUACUCAACUGCCUCUUUGGCUGCCAAUUAUUAUUUUUUUUUUUCAGCUCAACAGCUGUGGAUCCACAUGCUCAGGAUUGUGAGAUUUCAUAGGCAGUGAAGGACACAUCUAUGCUGCCUUCAAAAAUCGAUUAGGUGAAGGUAUCUGAGUAGAUGGAUGUAAUGCGAACAUUGGAUUCGGACGUGCCUUGGUCCCUUGCUACUUCCUUUCAUAGCCUCCAGAGACAGCAUUUUCCUGGUAUCAUGGCCUUCUUCAUGAUCGAUUACACUUCCUAUAACCCCAUCUAGCGCUCUGUGCAUGUGUCUAGCACUAAUAAGUGUAUCCGAGAGCCUAGAGACUGAAAUAACAAGAUUAUGGAUUAUGUUUAUACUGAGUUUAUCUCCUUUUUGGUGCUUCAAAUGCCUAAUCACCAUUCAGUUGCAUUGUAUAGACCAACAGAGCUGCGAUAUUUUUCUAAAAAAUCUUUAAUUGUGUUCAUAAGAAGAAACCUGGGAUGCAUGAGGGUGAGUAAAUGAUGAGAGAAUUUUCAUUUUUGGGUGAAUUAUACCUUUAAAUCGACAGCCCUAAUUCAAAUUGAGGGAUCUCUCACUUUUUCCUCAGUGCAGUUUUGAGCUGUAGCAGAUUCCAGGAAUAGAUGUGUUUUUGUAUAGUUUUAAACUCAAAUCAGAGUAGUUUCCAUUUGGAUAGCAGAACAUUGCUGAUCUCAAGUGGUAAAUUAAAGGACAGAGAAGUAAAAUACAAUGUUGUGGAAAGUCUCUCUAUUGAUGGGCCUCUGGGCUACUACAUGGCCAGUCGGACACAAGGAGGUGAAAUGGUCCAGAAAACAUUUUUGUGGACCUUUUCUUUUCCAUCAGGGCGCGAUGAAAACUCCCUAAAAAGGAGUUGAGAGGGAUUUGGGCUGAAAACCCGCCGGGUUUGCGACAGUUUACACAGGGGUAUGUUCUUGGGAUCACGCUAAAAAGAAACAGAUUUGUUUUUCUGCGCUUUAAAUUGAAGUGGUUUGCAGAUGUUGAGCUUCCAACAGAGGAAUGUGUGCCUGUCUCUUUCUCUCCCCUGAUGGGGUUUUGUAAUCUAAUGCAGAGAGGGAGGAAGGCAGACCACACAGCUCGCUGGUUUCAUUAAAUUUAUGAACAUUUUAUUUAUCCUGUACAGGAGGCGAGGUUUGCCAAAAGCAGGCGUUUCUAUGGAAAGUAAUCACAUGGUGGCGCACUCCUCAUUUACAGCCAAUAGAACAACAAAAUCUGUAAUGAUGGGAGGAGAAGGGGGCAGAGGGGAGGUAAGGGAGUUUUAGAGAAGUGUUUUGGAGGAGAGGAGGAGGAGGUGUCUCUGUGCGUAAAUGCGCAGCAGAGCAUGAAAGCACUGGAGGGACAAAUACAUGCAGCAGGAACAGGACUCUGAGAAACAGACAAUCAAAAUAACAUGAAAAACCUCUAAUGAAGAUUGAGUUUUCCCCAUACAGAGGAUGCAAACAGAAAAAUACUUGAAAUGCACUCCUGGAGGAAUCUGAUGGCUUGGGAAGUGGCCAGAUAGCACAGAUAACUGUUGAUGGCAUGGAAAACUGUUGAACAUUGUUUCUGGCUGGAAAAGUUCAUUUUGGAAUGAGAGUUUGCUUGUUGAAGAGUAUGAGUUUUUGUCACAGCAUGAGGAUGAGAUUUGGGAUUAAAGUGGACUAAACUGAGCAUACAGUUAAUCUGAGUUUUCAAAGCACAAUCCCAGAGAUGGAGAGCUACUUCAGUUGGGUCACAUUUCUCCUCACGUUUCUGAUGUCGCUUGAUGCACAGUUGGUUUGUUGGCAGGCACUUAUCAGGUGUCACGAGGAGCAGGACUGUGAGCUCGCCUAUAAUCAAUAUCUGACCGCUUGUGAUGGGAAUAUUCGGGGGAUUCGACGGCAGUGCCCAAGCCACUGCAUCAGCGCACUCAUCCACCUCAACCUGACUGCUAGUGGGCCAGGACUGGAGACCUGCGAAUGUGGACUGGACACAGAGUGUCUGCGGGCCAAACAUGCCAUUGAACCGUGUCUGCCACGGACGCAUCCUGGUGGCACAGAUGGGAUUGGCUGUACCGAAGCCCGCCAGCGUUGCGAGGACGAGCCCAGUUGUCAAAAGUCCCUAACGACUUACCUGUCUCACUGUGGACAACUGUUCAAUGGGAGGAAAUGUUCGUCCCGAUGUAAAUCAACUAUAGAGGAACUGCUAUUCAUGCCAAACGGCGUGCUGCUGAAUCAAUGUGUUUGUGAUGGUUUGGAAAGGCCGUUUUGUGAGGUGGUCAAACAUAAUAUGGUCAAACUGUGCUCUAUAGGGGACCACAGUGUUUCCAUUGACGACGGAAUGGAUGAUCUAUAUGAGGAUGAAGAUUACGAGGUGAGACCAGAGAGAGAGAUAACAGAUGCAGAUGCUGUGAUGUCAAGUGCCUUCACUCUUUCUCACCAGGUGGUUUUGCUGUGUAGUGCUUUUGUUCUGGCUGUUACCUCUGUUUGAGUUGGUCUACAGUCACUGUACUCUACAGUAUGGUCAAAUGCAGCUGACUGACCAUAAUCAAAGCAAGCACCAGGGUCACAGGAUUGGAAGACACUUGCUUGAAUCAUUUAGUGCAACCAUGUAGUCCUUUUUAAACUAGGUUCCCAAUGACGUUUGUCGAGACUGAAGAAUUUUUAUUGACAGAUUAUUGAAGAAUAAACUCACUGCAGUUUUUUGUUAUGAUUUCAGUAUGACAUGAUUCUUAUUUCCCUUCAGUGGCACUUGGAGUGUGAAUCUUUUAGUAAGACGAAAGACAAACAGUGGACUUACGUCAAGACUGAUUGCCAACAGACUCUGUUUUGUACUUGAAUCUUACUUCAAAUAUUUGUAGUUUGCGGCCGGAUAAAGGAGACAUUCUGGGAUCAAGUACUUUCUUUUCAUUUAAGAGGUCCUAUUAGAAACUGUUAAAUGGUCUUGAACCCAGUCGCUCACUCUUCAGUUCUGCCUGGUUUUAUUAGAAUUUUUCCUGGAGUAACUUUUUCCUCAAUGGAUUCAAUGACAGAACCUCAUGUCAUUAUUCUAAAGAAGUCUGCGUUGGUAUUCAAUAGUGGUCUGCAGACAUGAUGCUAACUUCUAACAGCAAAGGGUUGAUCAAAUAUCUUUAAACUUGAAAUAUUCGCUGUACGUGUAUGUUAGUUAACAACACCAAGUGCCUGAAUAUAUUUUUACCAACUCAAGCAGCUCUGAUGAAGUUCAAUGCCAAGCUUGAAAACUCUUUUCUUCAUAAGAGAAGCUAGUAUUUGUUUUCAAAGGUUUUCGAUCUCAAAGUCCAGUUGUUCCUUAUCAUGAAUAAUUACUAAUGUUAUGUGGACUAAAGUGAAGAAUUUAAAGUUAAAUUCAAACUCUAUGACCCAAACAUACUUUAUGCAAGCACAUGAGUGCAAAUGCUCCUAACUAUGCAAGCUCGAUUUCAGGUUGAUGUGUUCCGAAAUGUGUAAGAAUGCAAUUCAUAACACAAUGCAAGGAUAUGUUGCAUUUUCAGCAAUGCUGCAAGGGGCGCAUAAAAGGUCUCCUACUCUUAGUUUUCUCUUUCUGGUCAACUGCUGUCAUAUGGGAGCUUAGAUUAAAGAUCAGUUAGAAUUUUGUUGUACAAUUUAGUUAAGAUAGCUAUCAGAUUAAUAACAUCUGGUUUAAUGGCAUAGACAUUUGAAGGUAACUAUAUCACCCUGCAGUAGUGAGGUUUGUUUCGGCCACAGUAGUACAAAAAUGCACAUUCAGUAUGUCCAACAAGACCGCAUGUUUGCAGUGUGUUGGCCAAGCAUUCAUGUCUGCAUGUGCAUUCUUGCAAAGAGUAUGUUUCAGGACUGAUUUUUUUCUCUCUCUCUCAAAGGCUCCACAAUCUUUUUCAGUUGUUGCAAUUUUCAAAAAAUGUGUACAGAAAACCAAUAUAUAAAUAUUUAUACAUUUUGGAAUUAUUAAGAAAAAAUAAAACAUGAGAACGUGAAAUGGAGUCAAUUUAUCAUCUGAUAGCUGGAAAUCUAGGCGUGUCAAGGUGACAAGCACUUCCUGUUAACCUGAGUUUUUGUUCUAACCGGCAUUUUGUUUGGUUGCUUUUUCUAUUUGUUGCCCUGCCCACACUGAAAUCUUAUUGGUCCAAAAUCCCACUCCACAUAGCCAUAGAUUAAACAUACAUUUUUUGUUGUCAGUGUUGACAGACAAAUUACUUGUUAGUGAAAACAUCAAUGGAAUCAGAUUUUUCAAACAAUCUAAAAAAUUUAGCUGUUGUUCAAAUGACUUGAUUGUAAUGUUUAAAUACUGUACGCUGUAUGAAGUGUUUUUUCAUUUAAAACACCUGAAUACCAUAAAGUCUCUUUGGAAAACAGCAGAACACAGCAGAAGCCUGAGGAUUUACAGACAUUCAUUUUUGGGGGUUUUCUGUGAAAACAACGAGCAGGAAUCCAACUAACACAAGGUACACAGUUCAGCCGACACUAAAGCCCUUCUUUCCUCCCUCAUGAACACCCCCAACCCAAAUGACUGGGAACAGAAUCAAAAUAAACAAAAGCAGGGGAGACGGGUUGAGGGGGGGCCACUCAGGGGCCAAUAGUGACACUGAGCUGGAGCCCAUAUUCUCAUUUAUCUGCUCUCAGGUCUCUGGAAGUAACACAGAUUUUAACCCCCACCUCAACACACACACACUGCUGUGUUUUAGGUUACAUUCACAUUUUAGAGGUAGCAUUUUGUCCUGUGGGCACAAUGUUCUAUUCAUGACGAGCAUGCCAAUGUAAGGAGACCUCUAUGUGUGUUGGGGGCUGACACUGGUUAUAAGCUUCUGAAAGAUUAAGGUUCCACCUCACACAAACAAACCCUUCCUCAGUUCAUCUGAUGUUGAGCUGGCAUGAAUUCUCUAAACUAAAAUCAUGAGUCACUGGCAGAGAGUGUGCCAGGAUGGGGCAGAGCAAAGCUGACACAAAAUGGAGGCAAGUAACAACAACAGCACCCUUGUGUUUCAGAGGGGUGAUCAGCACCUAUCAUCUCUUACUCUGGCCUUUAAUGAAAACCCCAGGCAAAUUUGGAGUGAAACUGAAGACAUCUCAUGAGAUCUUAUCAGACUAGAGAACUGGUCUAAGUAAGAGCUUUCACCCAACUGACAUUUGUACUGUAGAACUGCAGUGUUGGUGAUGAACUAACAACAGAAAGUAUAUUUAUCUUUUAUUUAAAAUAACCUAAUAUUAAAUGUUUCAUAUUAUCUUUCAUUCACACACACUAAUGUUGUUUCAAAUAGUACGACUUAUUUUUUUCUGUGGUGUUUUCUAGUUUUAUUAGCUAUAAUUUGUGUACAUUUAAAUGGCUGUCAAUGUAAAUGAGAUGCUCAUAGUUUUUUUAUGGAAUUAAUUGCUUUGACGUAGGUAGUUACUUUUCUCAUUAGCUUUUAGUGUUGCUACCUGCUUUUUUAAGGGUAUAUAGCAGAGCUAACUACAUUUUCAAAGUAUAGUUUAACUAAAACUGGCCCAAUCACAGGGUUCGUGUCUUGCAAAUGUAAAUGCUAUAAUGUACUAUAAAGCUCCAAGUGUGCAUGAUGGUUUCUGCAGACUGACUUAUUCCAGAGAGGAAAGAGGAAUGCAGAGGGAGGAAUUACAUUACUAUAGGAAUUCAAGAGGAAAUGACAAUUUAUGGCCAAUACAAAUUCAUAAAGCAAGCAAAUAUUAACUCUAGCAACCAAAACAGAGAAUAAUGCACAAUUUAAUUUGCGAUUAUACAGUCAAUAAAUAAUCACUUAUCAAAAAUUAAAGCUGUUUCUUAAAAAUAAUUAUCCAAAACAAAACCUUUACCAGUAUUGCAAGAUGUCGGUACUAAAACUUCCCUUUUUUUGAGAUUUGACCACUGCUGAGCAGCAAUUCAGUGUGAAAUCACAAAUGUAAACUGCUAACCAGUGGCGUGAGAUGUGUCCGUCCUUAUGUGGCCAUAAAUUGAGUGUGUAAAGUGCUGUAAGGGAGUGUGAUGUGUGCCAGCCCAGAGUAAACACACAAAAAACCACACCUUUCUCAUGGUGGAGCAGUGGCCAAAUCUGUGGUGGGCCUGUGGUCAGGUUUGAUGCUGUGUGUGCAUAUGUGUGUGUGUGUGUGUGUGUGUGUGUGUGAGAGAGAGAGAGAGACAGUGAUUUUACAGUCAUUACAUGUCCAACAC